AUGCUGGGUGAAGAUACAAUCCGCUCGCUGAAGCGCUCCAAGAGCGAUAUAGAUGAUCUCGUCCCUAUGGGCGAGAGGACUCCGCCUCGUGGCAGCGCUUCCAGCACACCGCGAACAAGAAGCACGCGGGCUUUCUCUUUAACCAGAUUAUUUACUGACUCGACGAGGAGAAAAGGGCGAUCAAGCUUGAGCCGCUCCAAUUCCUCAAUUGAUAAAGACACCAUCUCGAGUCCCAUCACAGACCCGAGAAGUCCUUUGUGCCCUCCCACACCUACCGAGCCCUUCGCUGUAUCGCCGCCGUCUUUGGUCUCAGCCAAAUCCAGCCCAAGUCCUCGCAAGCACCCCACAGCCGCACACCCAGCUGUCAAGCACGCAUACUCAGUCUCUGACCCCACAAACAACCACUCUCCGCCGACUCGCCCGCGCAUUGCCGUACACGUACCGCCGCCCUUGCUAUCUGCAGCGUCGAGCUUCAGCAGCGCAGACACUGUAGUGGGGAGCCCGCUCGAGCGCAUAGCAGAGACUCCGUUCGACUGCGAUCACCAUAGUGAACAGCCGGAUCUAGACCGAGUGAGCAGAAGACUGGCAAGCAUGGAGACCGUACGAGCGUCGCUGCUGCCGCCGGCCAUGGUGACCGGCACCAAGGCUCGCGCCAUCCAGCAGGCGAAGGAGAUGGAAACGUUGGUAGCAGAGAGGGCGAAGCGCAGUGGAGACGAGCCACCGCAAUACGACUUCCACGAGCUCAUUGGAAAGGGUGCUUAUGGACGUGUGUUUAAAGGCAAGAGUCGCAGAACCGGCGGUCUUGUCGCAAUCAAGAUCAUCGACAUCGAUACGGUCGAUUACCAGGAGAUGACCACGAAGAACCUGUCCGAGACACUGAAGGAGAUUGAUAUCCUGCAGCAACUCAGGGACAGCAAAGCACAACCUUAUGUGAACAUCAUCGAGGAAGCGAAGGCAGUCCACAAUGAACUCUGGAUCAUCAGCGAGUACGCCAGCGGUGGCAGUGUGGCUACGCUGAUGAAGCCCAUGGCAAUGCUCAAGGAUCCCGGACCUGGCUUGCCAGAGAAGUUCAUCAUUCCUAUUGCCCGCGAGCUAGCGCUUGGCUUGAAGUACAUCCACGAAGCCGGUGUCCUGCAUCGAGACAUGAAGGCCAACAACGUCCUUAUUCUGGAAGACGGUCGCGUACAGUUGUGCGAUUUCGGCGUGUCUGGGACUCUCGAGCCGCAGAAGUCGAAACGCACAACAAUCGUAGGAACGCCGUUCUGGAUGGCUCCUGAGCUACAGCGGGAAUGGAUCAAGGACGCGGACCCACACAGCCUGGCAAAACCUAGAGAGAUCCUGUAUGGCUCUGAGGUCGAUAUUUGGGCAUACGGCUGCACAGUUUACGAGAUGGCUUGCGGCUUUCCACCACACCACAGGAGCGCGCCUUUCGAUCUGCCGAAUGCUGGUGUACCUGUGCUUGAGGGCGAGCGGUACUCGGAUGAGCUCAAGGAUUUCGUGUCCUUCUUGCUCCAGCCUGAUCCUCAAGACCGUCCCACCCCGGACGAGAUCCUUGAACACGCUUACCUCAAAGACACUACCAAAAUGUACCCUACAGUCAUUUUGGUCAAGCUGGUAGAAGACUACUAUGUCUGGGAGCAACAAGGUGGUGCUCGCCAGUCAUUGUUCAACAUCUUUGGUGCACAAGCUCCCGAUCCGCUCGCUCCAGAGACCGACGAUGAUGACGACGACGACUGGACUUUCAGUACCUCUGAUGAGUUCGAGCAGGAGCAUGCACCACAGUUUUCAGAUCCAUUCGUGGGCGGUGCUGCAGGACAACCGUUCACAGGCAUGGGUCUACCUCCAGUGGCAGACAUGGGCCGCUUUGAACAGCUGCAGGCUAGGUUCAAGGAAGAGUCGAUCACAAGGGGACAGAAGCGUUUGAACAAGCUGUUCGACACACAGACCACACCGUACAGAUACAGUAUGGUCGACGAUGACGAUAGCGGCAAGGGACGACCGCCUUCGGAUCUGGUCCUUCGCGACUUCAACCCCGGCGCGCCGAACAGGGAGACGGUCAUUGACCUGGACUUCUCCCUCCCCUCCACCGACGACAUGCCUAGCAUCGACCUUGGCGAGGUACCGACCAUCAAGGCAAACCGCAUGAAGAGCUUGCUGCGCGAGAUGGAGGAGGAAGACGCACGCGAGAUUGCGCGCGAGAAAGAGCUGCGCGAGCAACGAGAGUUCGAGGAAGAGGAUCAGCUCACGAAACGUGCGACGCGAGACUGGACAUUCCCAUCUGCACCAGACAAUCGCAAGACACAAGAGUGGACAUUCCCGUCGAUGGAAGCGCCAGCAGAAGAGCCAGACAAUCGAAAGACGAUGGAAUGGUCCUUCCCUGCGACCGACCCGCCGAACCGAAAGACUAUGGAGUGGUCAUUUCCAGCUGCUGAGCCACCAAAGCCAAAUCGAAAGACAGUUGAGUGGACAUUCGAUGCGGCUAUGGCGGAAGCACAGUACGACGUUCCAAAGAAUCGCACAUCCCGUCGUCGUGAGACGAAGGAGUACUCAUUUCCAACGGCGACCGCCCCGAUUGAUGAGAACAGGAGUACUAUGGACUUUUCGUUCCCGAUGCGUAGUCCAAGUCCCAAGAGAGGGCAGAAUGGCAGCGGAACUAUGUUAGACUACUCAUCACCGCCUGACUUAGGCCCUGGAUUUCGACCAAGUCUGCAGCAUGCUGCGACGGAGCCGCCAUCUGACGACUUCCCGCGGGUGAGCUCAGAUCCUAAUUCACCUCUGCGUUCAUCUAUGAUAGACCUGGAUAUGGCCACCAUUGAAGACUAUCGCCCGUCAACAUCUGGCUCAGAGUCGACAUAUACUGGAUCCAUCUACACCGCAAACGAUAACCCCUUCAACCUCGAAGACCAGGUUCAAUUAUCACAGAACAACCACCGCGCUUCCUUCCACAUCAAGUCGCAAUCUGAGCCCAACCAUGCCGUCCCAGGCCUUCUCACACCCCAGCAAUACGACGAGCAAGGUCUCCCAACAAACCAAGACCCGCACCACCCAAGCAUGCACGCCCGCGGCGUAUCCUCAGUAUCGCAAAUGCAAGCCCAAACCAAACCGCCCGCAACCUCCAUCCCGCCCCUGACCACGCACCGCCCCAACCAACGCUCCCAGCAAAUCUGGGACGGCUGGUCGCACACGCACGCCUACGGCCUGGGCUCGGACGACCAAUCGCCCCCCAUGAGCGUCACAACCGACACGUCCCUCGAGGAAGAAGACGUCGACGAGCUGUGGGACAAUUUCGAGCGCCUCACCCUGCAAGCGCAGCGCAAAUACCAGUCCUACGGCCCGCUCCGCUCAGCCCGCCGCUUCGAAAAGUCAAGCACAGACGAAACCCACGACCCGCGCAUCGCUGGGCCCGGGCUCGGCUCCGGCGCAGGUCUCAGUGCGGGUGUAGGCAGCGACACAGACGACAACUACCCCUACACUUCCGACUCCUCAUCCCCCCCCUACGCAUACCAACGCCACAGUCGCGUCAGCGCGGGUCCGAAUGGGCGGCCGCUGGUCGAUUUCCCGGUGCCGCGGGGUCCGGAUGUCGAGGCACUGCUGGGUGUGGAGAGCGAUGCGAGGGUCAUGCAGGAUAUGCUGCUGAAGAGUGCGAUGGAGCUUAGGGAUGGAACGAGGGCGAGUAGGGAUUUGCUAAGGGCAAUGAAGUUGAGUGAGGUUGAGGAGGAGGAGGUGGAUCAGAAUACUGUGAGGUUGCCGAGUCGGGGGAGGGAGUAG